GGAACAUCCUAGAUGGGGAGCAUCCAACACAGCCUUGGCUAGGUGGCUUCCACCAGCCUAUGAAGAUGGACUCAGCCAGCCUCGAGGAUGGGAUCCCAGUGUCCAAUACAAUGGAGUCCAGCUACCUUUGGUUCGUGAAGUGACAAGAAAAAUUAUUCAUGCAUCUAAUGAGGCUGUUACUGAAGACAACCUGUAUUCUGAUAUUAUUAUGGUGUGGGGACAAUACAUAGACCAUGACAUUGCAUUCACACCCCAGAGCACAAGUAGAACCACCUUCCUAAAUGGAAUGGAGUGCCAGAUGACAUGUGAAAAACAAAAUCCAUGUUUUCCAAUAAAGGUGACCACCAAUGAUACAUUAUCUGCAGGGAUGAAUUGCUUGCCCUUCUACCGCUCAUCUCCUGCAUGCAGCACUGGUGAUCAUGGAAUUCUCUUUGGAAAUAUAUCAGCACUAAAUCCAAGACAACAGAUCAAUGGCUUAACUUCUUUCCUUGAUGCUUCUACUGUCUAUGGCAGUACCCCUGCCAUUGAAAACAAGCUGAGGAAUUUAACAAGCGAAGAAGGCCUUCUUAGAGUAAACAUGAAAUAUUAUGAUAACCAUCGGGAAUAUCUGCCUUUUACAGACAAGGUCCCGUCACCUUGUGCACAGGACUUGAAUGCAAGUGGAGGGGAGAGGAUUGAAUGCUUUAUGGCUGGGGACAGCCGAUCCAGUGAGGUCACAUCUCUGGCAGCUAUGCACACGCUGUGGCUGAGAGAGCACAACCGCCUGGCCAGAGCCCUCAAAAACAUCAACAGCCACUGGACCGCUGAGACAGUCUACCAAGAAGCACGAAAAAUUGUCGGUGCUCUGCAUCAGAUUAUUACUUUAAGAGAUUACAUUCCCAAAAUCAUUGGUCCAGAUGCUUUUAGUCUGUAUAUUGGCCUUUAUACAGGUUAUGAUCCCACAAUGAAUCCUACAGUUUCUAAUGUAUUUUCAACAGCUGCUUUUCGUUUUGGUCAUGCAACAAUCCAACCAAUAGUCAGGCGAUUGAAUGCGCAGUAUUUAGAUGAUCCAGAACUCCCAAAUCUUCAUUUGCAUAAAGUUUUCUUUAGUCCCUGGAGACUCAUUAAAGAAGGAGGCUUGGAUCCUUUACUAAGGGGUCUUCUAGCACAUUCAGCAAAACUGCAGGUCCCAGAUCAACUACUGAAUGAAGAAUUAACAGAAAAACUGUUUGUGUUGUCCAAUAACGGUUCACUUGAUUUAGCAUCGUUAAAUUUACAGCGUGGCCGUGAUCAUGGACUCCCAGGUUAUAAUGACUGGCGAGAAUUCUGUGGCUUACCAAAACUGGAAACUCAAAAUGACCUGAAUACAGUAAUAACCAAUCACAAUGUCACUGAAAAAAUAAUGGAAUUGUACCGUAAUCCUAAUAAUAUUGAUGUUUGGCUUGGUGGUCUGGUAGAAGACUUUCUUCCAGGUGCUAGAACAGGCCCCCUGUUUGCGUGUAUAAUUGGAAAGCAAAUGAAAGCCUUAAGGGAUGGUGACCGAUUUUGGUGGGAAAAUGAUAAUGUUUUCACAGAAGCUCAAAGGCAUGAACUUGAAAAACACUCAUUAUCCCGCGUGAUUUGUGACAAUACAGGGAUUGCUGAAGUGCCAGCUGAUGCUUUUCAACUUGGGAAGUUUCCACAGGAUUUUAAACAUUGUGACAAUAUACCUGGGAUGAAUUUAGAAGCCUGGCAAGAAUUCUACCAGGAAGAGGAACUAUGUGGAACACCAAAGAGUGUGGAAAAUGGUGAUUUUGUAUACUGUUCACAAUUUGGAAAAUCUACAGUCACUUAUUCAUGUCAAUAUGGAUUUCAAUUACAAGGAGAAGAGCAAUUAACCUGUACAAGUAAAGGAUGGAACUUUGAGGCUCCAGUUUGUAUAGACAUCAAUGAAUGUGAAAAUGAAAUUAAUCCACCAUGCUCUCCUUCUGCUAAAUGUGUUAACACUAAAGGCAGCUACAAAUGUCUCUGUGCUGAUCCUUACAAGCUGGCAGAAGAUGGAAGAACAUGCAUUGAUGCUGGAACACUUCCUAAAGACUCUUUGGUUUCCAUCAUUCUAGGGGUCAUCAUGAUUUUUUUUUUUUUUACAAUAGCGAGUUGGAAAGUACUAUGCCAGUCUUAUGUUUAA